AUGAGGUUUUUCGGCCUGAAGAAGGACCAGCCUGAUUCCCUCAAGAGAAAGCGGCUGGGUGACGAUGAGAAGAGGGCCAAGGUACAGAAGAUCCAAAGAACGGUGGAGGCCAAGCCUAUAACGAGCAGCCUGCCCAACAAUGGCACGUCAGAGAGUUCAAAGGAGGCGAAUGUUGAGCGAGAUGGCGAGUCCCUGAGUGAAGGUGAUGCUGAGGAUGCUGCAAAGCUUAUCAAGCUCUCAGAGCAAUCUCACAAACAUAAAGACCUUGCUGAAGGCAACAAACUCCCGUACUCCGCGAUAACUAACACUUUGGAGAAGAUCGAGCACGAGAGCUCUCGAUUGAAAAUCACUGCUCUUGUCUCUGAAUUCUUCCUUGAGACUUUGGAGCAAUACAGACUGCCUGACAAGCUCGUGAAAAUUGUAUACCUUUUCAUCAAUAGAUUGGGACCUGACUAUGAACCUGAUCUUGAAUUAGGUUUGGGAGAGACUCUUUUGAUCAAGGCAAUCAGCGAAUGUUACGGUAGGGCUCCUGCCCACAUCAAGAAAGACUAUCAUGAGGUCGGUGACUUGGGCCUUGUGGCCCAAAAGUCCAGGUCCGGUCAGCCCACGAUGUUCAAGCCAGCACCACUAGAUGUUGAAACCGUUUUCGAGAAUCUCACUAAGAUCGCCAAAGCAACAGGAAAGGACUCACAAGCAAAGAAAGUUGGUAUCAUACAUAGAAUGUUGACCGCAUGUGACUUAAAGAGCAACGAAGCCAAAUUUCUUAUCAGAUCCCUUGAGGGUAAGUUGAGGGUCGGCCUUGCUGAAAAGACUGUGCUUGUUGCUUUAGCCCAAGCCCUUCUCCAAUAUGAGAAAAAGGGCGAACGUGUAUUGCCAAGUACGCUACUCAAGGCUGAGGAUACCAUCAAAGAAGCCUUCUCCUUAGUUCCAAACUACGAGAUUGUCAUCCGGAAGAGCUUUGAACAUGGCAUAUUGAACUUGCUCGAUCACUGCAGCUUGACACCUGGUGUGCCCUUGAAACCCAUGUUAGCUAAGCCAACAAAGUCUGUGGGUGAAAUCUUGGACAGAUUUCAAGGACAGGAGUUCACAUGUGAAUACAAAUAUGACGGUGAAAGAGCUCAAGUGCAUCUCUUAGAGGAUGGAAUGGUUAGAAUUUACUCAAGGAAUUCUGAAGACAUGUCUGAAAGGUAUCCAGACUUAGUCGGUAUCAUUAAGGACUUCAUCAAGAAGACCGAUGAUGACACCUCUUCAAAAAGUCCUACCUCUCUCAUCUUGGACUGUGAAGCGGUGGCAUGGGAUAGAGAAGCGAAGAAGAUUCUUCCCUUUCAAGUCCUCUCGACAAGAAAAAGAAAAGAUGUUAGCGAGGACAGCAUUAAAGUGCAUAUCUGUCUUUUUGCAUUUGACCUAUUAUACCACAACGGAACCUCGCUCAUAACGAAGUCUUUGCAGGAGAGGCGAGAUAUACUUUUCAAUAACUUCCAAACAAUCGAUGGCAAAUUCCAAUUUGCCACGUAUAAAAAUUCUUCGGAUCUCGAUGAACUUCAGGCAUUCUUGGAUCAAUCUGUUAAGGACUCUUGUGAAGGUUUGAUGGUGAAGAUGCUUCAUGGAAGUGAGUCAUUUUACGAACCCUCGAAACGGUCGAGAAAUUGGUUAAAACUCAAGAAAGAUUAUUUGAGUGGUGUCGGUGACUCCUUAGAUUUAGUGGUAAUUGGAGCCUAUAUUGGAAGAGGAAAGAGGACUGGUGGCUACGGUGGUUUUCUUUUGGCGUCUUACAACGAUGAUACCGGUGAGUAUGAAACUGCUUGUAAGAUUGGCACUGGAUUUUCUGAGGAAGACUUGGCGACUCUCAGUACAAAGCUUAAACCAACGGAAAUAUCGCAACCGAAGGCUUUCUACACAUACGACACUACUAGCUCCAACGCGCUACCGGACGUGUGGUUUGAACCGACCACUGUCUUCGAGGUUUUGACGGCUGAUCUUUCAUUAAGUCCAGUGUAUAAAGCUGCUCAUUCCGAAUACGGGAAGGGAAUUUCGUUACGCUUUCCACGAUUCAUUAGAGUAAGGGAUGACAAGGGAGUCGAGGACGCUACAACUUCUACGCAAGUUGCCGAGUUGUACGACAGGCAAGCCAAUAUAAAUUAA